GUUUUCACAGUUUUUUUCUCAGACAUACUCAGUCAGGGAAGUGCAUUGCAGAAGGAAGUCCCAUUGUGGAAGAUCAAUAUGCUCGACGUUAUUGGGCUGAAAUGGAUGACAACUGCGUGCACUAUCGUGCUCGAUUCCGUUAUCUCGAUACCAAUCUGUUACACAAUUUCAAGACCGGAGGGUCGUUAGUGUCUAAAUAUGGGAAUAGCACUUUCCUUAAUCGUUUAUACAUAUAUGACGGCAAAAACCAGAAAGGAAAAGAGUUCGAAAACAAUAAUGAGCAUCGGUUCAAACAAACAGAUGCUGGAUCUUUGUUUCUUUACGACAGCACAGUGAACUCUUGUACUCAGCCUAAUGGCAUUUAUGUUGAUCAGAAAAAAGAUGGAUGCAAAAACGCAACAGAACAAAAGUUUACUUUUGGUAAGGCAAAUAUUUAACGCAUUAGCUUUUGUGGCUAUAUAUUAAUUGUACAACAUUUCCAAAGAUUUGGGCAUUGAGGACUCAGAAAUCAAAUUCAUUUUCAUGAUUAUUGACAUGUAGACCCAUAGCUGGCUAUGUGAAUAUCGUUUUCACAGGGUUGCAUACAGUAUAAUAAUAUACUAGAAAUACGAGUUUCAAAUAAUACACUUCAUGCCUGCUCCCGAGGGAAAUAGUUGGUUUUGUUUCCCCAAGAGUCUCGAUGUUUUCCGGGGCGAAGUCGAGGUCAAUAAUAACAAACUCUUCUGCUGGGAAUAAAAUUCGAAAAGCAUUAUCCUUAUUAACUCAUCCAAUUUUAAAUAUUUUCAAAAAUCAAAAAAAUUUUUUGUAUAUAUACGAGGGAGGAAUUCUUUUUUACGAGGAAUUUUUAAGCUCUUCAAAUGUAAAAAUAAAAAGUCGAUUUUUUGGACGAUCUAUUUUUUAUUUUAGCUUUACCAACUGUGUAGGGCAGGGUCACCACAACAGCAUAUGCCAAUUACCUUGGGCCCUUUUACCUAUGACCCGACCUGCAUGGCAACUUUCCCUGUGGGAGAAAACCGGAGUACCCGGGAAAAACCCACGACUUUCGGCAGAGCGUUGACUUUUACUCUUUUCACAUGAGGACUGGGUUCGAGUCGCAUUCAGGGAAAGUACCAUAGAUAUCUUAUACACACUAGAUAGUGCAUCUAAUUAUUCUGCACUUUAAAAAUUGAAGCCGUGAUUGCAGUCUCAGGUCGUUCCCAUGAAAUAAGAAGUUCGUAUGUUUUCUAUUUCUUAAACAGGGAACUUAAACAUUAAGUUAACCCUAUUCCAAAUACGUUUUUAAACUAUUCAAAUGAUGAAAGUUAUUGUUGUUUUUAAGCGUUUAUUAGCAAGUGGGAACGACCAACAUGACCGCCACCUAUUCAAAUGGGGGUAACCGCUGGAAUAUUCUUGGCUUCAAUUUUACUAAAAGAGAUGCGCUAUCUAGUGUAUAUAAGAUAUCUAUGGAAAGUACUCACUGAGGCUUGAACCUGCGGCCUCAGAGGUGAAAGGCAAGUGCGCCAACCACUUGACCACCGAAGCCCCACAUCUUGGGUGUUCUGCAACUUGAUUUUUCCGCGAGGAAGAUGAAGAAAAGUGUUGACAUGCAUAAAUAAACGUCGUUAUGGUUAACUGUGUUUGUAUAAUAAUAUUUAUGUCAAUUACAAUACUAGUUUUUGUUUGUAAAAUUCCUACUCCACUUUUAGGAUCGGUGACAGAUUACAACGCAAAAAUGGAAAAUGUUCAUUGUUCUCCAGAUCAACAUAUGGUUGUCCACAGAGCUGAUUAUGGAGAUUUCAAAAGUCGUGGCACGUUUAAUAUCGCCGCAAACACUAAUACAACAUGCAAUCCACUAACUAAUUGUCAGGUGAAAUCUCGUUGUGGUGGAAAUAGGUCUUGUGAACUUACCAUGAACAAUAAUUUACUACCAUCAGAAUAUUGUUCUGAUACUUCAAAAGAAAUUUAUACCGAGUACACUUGUAUGGAUAACUACAGCUCCCCCGCUAUAACGUUGGAAAAAGGUAAUGGUAGCGUAACGGUAAUGCGUUGCAAAAAGUUUUAAGAAAAUUACCUAUAUAACUUCGCCUUAACACAUGGAGAAAGGCGCGAAUUCCCUACAUUAUAGCUUCAGUUGUUCUUAUAGUAAACGCUUUUCUUUUCCCGUAUUUACUCCUACUAUUUGGGCAGACAUUUUCGCCUCCAUUUUCGUAAAUUCGGGUAUGUGCUUUCGAUUCUACCCAGAUCAGUGGUUUGACCGCGGUACUAGCAGUGCCUCGCGAAAACGGUAUUGUUUCCAGUCUUUCGAAUGCAAAAAUAAAAUACGCGCGGACGUUUGACCGCGCGGUGUUAUGCGUACAUGCUAAUAUAGACUGGUUUGGCAAAAUAUACAACAGCAACGAGACCGUGCUCAUCAACAAUAGAAUAUUUACUCUAAGGCAAAAGUGACUAUAAUUUGCAUUCCCGCGGCACACGAGAGCAACUUUAAGAUUCGAUUGGAAAGAAUAGACAGACAUAUGGCGUUCCGUAUAUUUUGGUCCAAGGAGUUAAAAAAUACUGGACCUUGAUAGUAGUCGACAGAAAAUUGUCGUAAUUUUGUUCUACAAAAUGUUCUAAAUCAUUAUGCACGCGCAAUCAAUAAUCAAAACAGAAUUGAACAAUGUUCUGCUGCCCACGUUGUUCACACUUGGUUUUUUGUGUUAUUCUUUAAUUUUCCUAUGUAUAAAAAAGCUACUUAAAAAAUAUUACAAUAAUUUAUUUAGUCAACAAUAUUGUUGAGCCUGAAUUGGGUGUAACAAUAUUGUUCAAUAUUGUUAACAACUGUGAACAAUGUCAAUGUGGGCAGCAAAACAUUGUUCAAUCCUGUUUCCAUCAACCAUUGCAACAACUCGAUCGUUUUUAGCCGUAUACUGCAAAAAACGCUCAGCCUGCAACAAUGUUGUUGAACAGGCCUGAACAAUAUUGUUAACAACCAGGAAGAAUAUGGCAGCAAAAUAUUUUUCAAACUUGUUUGCAUCAGCAUUGUUACAGGCUAGGCAUUUUUUGCUGUAUAGCGUUAUAUCAUCAUAAUGAUGCAACGCUAUACACUGUGUUGCACGUACUUCGUGUAAUACGAAUUACGGAGGUUUUACUGUAGAUUCAUUUUAUGGAUUUUUUUAUGGAGCAACCGCAUAAAAAUAAAACAAAUAAUCCGUCCGCGGGGUUUUUAUUUCUCGUAAGAAUAAACACUUGUCUCGAACAUUUUUAUGCAUAUUAUUAAAAUACGUAAUAGGAUGGUUUCCGAGAACUUUGCACCGCCCUCGUGCUAUUUUCAUGAUGUUCUUUGAAAAACUCAUUCGUUAUCCAAAUUGCACUUGGAACCAUCCUAUUAUCUAUACUACUUUUUGGUUUGGUAUUUUUUAUUCCUGUUUAGUGCGCGCAUUCAAAUUGUCACGUCGAAACACAGGUUUCAUCGAAAUACAUGUUGAUUCAACUUGGAGGAGAGUUGUUGAAGAAAAUUGGGAUAAGAACCGUCAGAAAAUGCUGUGUCAGCACUUGGGAUUUGAAGAGACUGCUGAUAAUAAAAUUGUUACCAUACAAUUAGGGAGUGGACAAAAUAUUGCAACUGGGGACUUGAUAUGUUAUAACACUAUACAACCAAGUGGAACAUCCUGUUGUAUCCAUCUUCAACCCUCUAAAUCCCCUCCAAGUACAACGAUUCCAUAUGUGCAAUGUAAGUGUAUAAAGCUUAGUGUAGCAGGAUCAAAAUUUCGGUGAGCAAUGCCUUAUGCACAGAAUUUCAAGUAUUUAAAUUAUAAUGUCGUAUGUUUCUCUAAAUUGAGCACAAUGUGCCUAGUUGUGCGGGAAUAUUUCGUCACGCCAGGAGAAAUGACGCAAUUUGGGGUGCCAAAAACAAUGCACUAUUGACAGCAAAUAAAACCAGUGUUAUAAUUCGAGUGUAAAUUUUAUUCAAUUAGUAGAUCUGAUCAGAAGCAGUUGGAAAAAAUGCAACUAUAGGCCCAAAUCGAACUAGCGAAUCUGUGCUAAAACCACUAAACCACUAAUUCUGUUUGUGAUUGGUGCGGUUUACUAUCAAAGCAUCAUCCCGUUGAACUCUGCCUUCACGACGUUUCAAUUUAUUAUUUACCGAAGGCUCUGGAAUCCAGGGUACCAUGCAGUAUUCCGAAUGUUCAGUGCCGCCCAGAGGGGGGGGCAAAGGGGGCAAUUUGCCCCGGGCCCCGAGUUGCUGGGGGCCCCUGAAAAAUUUUUGUAGGGGCCCCGCCUUUUUUGUGUGUUAAAUAUUUCCGCGCAAAGGACAAGAUAUCUGUUUUCUUGGGCUAAGUACCGAAUUUUGGCCUAAAAAAAUGAGAUAAAGUCCCUCGAAAGCGUUUGCAACGUACUCGUCCGGCCAAAUUUUGCGUCCGAAAAAUUUUUUUUACCCCUAUAAUGGUACACUGACCGAAAAUUUUUUGGCGACGGGGGGGGGGAGGUCGCCAGAAUAAUAUCCGGAAAAAUUUUUCCGGAAAAAUUUUUUUAGAUAGGGCCCCCUAAAAAAAAUUUGCCCCGGGCCCCCGCCAACCUCUGGGCGGCCCUGCGAAUGCUGUCAAAAACUCAAAAUGAAAGCGGCAAGUAGCAACUUCGAUGUUUUGCUUUUUCUGUGAAAAUGCAAGCGGAAUAAUGAAUGUGACAAACUAAAAACUAGAAAUAAUUGUACAGAUUACAUGUGCAAGAAAUAGUAUUAUGCAAGAAAAUGAACCAGAGGUGACUGUUGAUAAAUUUAUUAUAUAAAACGUCAUAUAAUUAUUCAGAAAAUUAUCUCCCAGUACCACAGGGUCGAAUUUUGUAGCGAACUUGUGGUGAAAAAUUGAAAGUUUUGCAUUUUGCACAGAAAUGGCCAUUUUGUGUUUAGCCAGCACGAGUGGGAGAAAUUUCACUAAAUUUUACUAACGUGAUGCCAAUGUAUAGGCGUUAAUUUACUGUAUCUAUUUUUACUGUAGGCAAAAUAUGUGACAAACCGCUACUCCAAGACACAAACACUUUUCCAGACUCCGUUUUUUCUGGCAGUGGUGGUCCAAAUGAUAAUUAUGAACAUGCAAGAAUUAUUAGAGGUGGCUGGUGUCCGAGGGGUCCUGGCACUACAUAUCUUAUGCUUGAUCUUCAGAAACAAUAUCAUAUAACACAAGUUUUAGUUAUGGCUGAUGUCUCACAAGUAAGGUGGAGCGGCUCAUAUUCGUUAAAAUACAGUCAUGAUAAAACAUUGGUGGAUGGUAGCAGUGCAAUACCGGUAAUAUAAAAAACGAUAUUGGGCAUUCUUUCCUAGAAGGAACGUAGGUAAAACUGCCUCUUGCACGAUAACAUCGUAUCCAUGCAUGCGUGGGAAAGUUAAAGAAGUGAAAUAUAAAUACAAUUUAUUUAUCCUAUCAUUUCAGCGGUCGCAGUUGAGCCUGCUGCAGGUGUAGAGCUCCGAACUUUUAUGCAUGAAUUACACCCGAGUUAAGUCACUGCCGAAGCCAUUUCAUUUCAUAAAAUCUUUUGGGUGACAGUGUCUUUUCUAUUUGUAUAAGUCCUGUCUUAAACAGAACAAACACUCAUUUUUAAAACAGAUUAGCGUUGGUUUACGGCCAGAGUAUGUACCCUUUUCAUAAAUGGCUGCCGAUUAAAAAUUCUUUUAUGUGCAUAUAAAUUGGCCCAACUAGCCUCGUUUCUGGGUAGAAAUUCCUUUGAAAUCUUAACAUGAGUACAAGGCUAGUUGGGUCAAUUUAUAUGCACAUAUAAAAGAAUUUUUAAUCGGCAGCCAUUUAUGAAAAGGGUGUAUAUCCAUGCAGGUAAAUGUAGAUUCCUUUAUUUAACAGUCGCCGAUAAAGUCAUAUAUUGUUAUUUUCAUCAUUCAAGUCAUAAUUUUACGAGUUCAAUUGUCAGUAUACCCAAAAAGAUCUAUAAAAAAACUUUAGUUACGAUGUGUUGUAAAAUUCAAAGCAAAUCACCUUAUUCACGUAAACCACAACGAAAGUUUGGGUUCAAAAGGGUAAAGUCCUGUUUGUGACACCCAAAACGAAGGAAAAAUUAGGCUGCAUGCUCAUCUUUAAGACUAGUACUCGUUUGCACGACCAAAGGCCUGCCAUGAGUAAUAAGCAAUUAACUUAAAUCUGAAAGAUUCACCGCAAAUCCUCUUUUUAAUCGCAGCGCGCUUUUUUAUCUCAGCACAAAUAAAGAACAGCUUCCUGGGGGGUGGAUGUGAGGGGUACGUAUGUUGUGUGGGUGUGGAUCAUAGAAAUAAUAGAUAUCUUAGAAAGAGGGUCACUAAAUUUCUUCCUUUGAAAAUGGAAUUUUUAAGAGAAUGGCCAUGCAGGCUUAAAUUUAAGACACUUACCUAGCUUGGCAGGUUCAAAUAAUAAUUACAAAAUAUGAUAUUAUUCAAAACGCAUUUAUUUGCUUUCCCGAGCGGAACUUCUAUAAUUACAAGGUUGAAUAAAAAAUAGUCGACUUCAUACAACUUGAGUUUAGGAUCAGGGAUUUGAAACUUAUAAUUAUACACAAGUACUCUAUACACAUAUGAUGCACGCAAGAGGCAUAAAAUUGAUUUUGAAAUGCUUAUUAUUAUUCAGAUAAAUGGAAACAAGUAUGGUUACAAAGCAUCGAUAACAAGCCUUAAUAUUUAUAAUGUGAGAUAUAUAAAGAUACAAUCCACUGACAACCAACACUUUUGUCUUCGAAUAGAACUCUGUGGAGAGGGUAAGCCUUACUAUUAUUACUACAGGUUUUAUAUAAUUCGCGGUAUUAUUAAUAAAGGAUUGAGGUUAAUAGGAGAAAUUUUAGUGAAGGAAAUGGUGCAUGUUAAUUCAUGAUUAAAUAUUUAUAAUUGUUUCGUGAACUAUAGUAGUUGAAACCUUAUUCAAAUUCAAAUUAGCUAUAACGUAUUGUAGUAAUUUGACAGCUCUAUUUACUUUGAAGAAUUGCCUGCACAUGUUGUGAACAUUUUACACUUCAACGAUUUCCCAUUUCCCAAGUCAUGAAAAUUUGCAAAGUGCCGGGGGCCAUAGGAGCGGUAACUUUAACAGUCAAUAUUCUCCCGGUAGCGGGGAAAUCACCAAAUUUUAACAGUGUCAAAAUGUUAAUUUCCCCGCCCUAUCCCGGGGGUCGGGUGGCCUGGGUUUCAAUUGACUAGUGCAUAACGACACAUUCUCGUCCCCAGAGCCAUUUUCACUCGGUCACUCGUUGAAAAUUAGGCUCUGGGAUAGACGACUAAAGGAAGAGAUCUGAUUGGCUUCUCAGAGAACUGCUAUUUCGCAGAAGUUGAGCAGUUUUCGCUGGGCAAAAUUAUUCUAUCACCAUAUGUUAACACAAAUACUUCGUUUCUUCUUAAUACUUCACUGUGAAAAUUCUUACGGGUGCUAAAGUGUACCAAUUCAAAAGAAUGCGCUUUAGAAACUACUGCAAGUUUUCUUGCCGAGAGGCCCUGGGGACGAGGAUGAUAACGACAUUAUAUAGUUUCCGACGAAGGGCUUUCGCUCGAAACGUCAAAGUGCUAUACUUGUAUUUUUCAGGUGGUUGAAACCCUCUCAAUCUGCAGAUUUCUGGUGUUGUUAUAGUCCUGCAGUCAAUCUGUGACCAGCGGCAGUCAAAGAAAUUGCAAUAGAAUUUUUCUUAGUGGUAGAAUGUGUGGGAAGGUGUCCUGAUUAACAUACUAAAAAUCCCAAAAAAUCCUUCGGUGGAACAUGCAUGGUGAAAAUCGAGUUUCAGUCUCUUCUACCUAUAGAAAACCAUUGUGGACAGAAUGUUCAAAUUUUUAAAUCAUUUUUAGGCAAAUGUAACCUACAUUAUUGGAAAGCUUAUAAACAAAACUAUAUAAAGAUCAACUAAACCGUUAUAUUCAAUUUUCUGGUCAGUCAGUUGUCGUUAUUCUAGCUCAAAGUUGAAAAAAUAGCGCAAAAUUUGCACAAAAUACAAAUUACUAAGUUUAUGGCAUUUUAAAUCUUGUAUAACUUCGGCUGGAUAGGCAAAAGCAGGGUAACCGUUUAAUGAUCUAUAUUUUAGUUUUUUCUAAGCUUUCCAAUGACGCAUGUUAUAUUUGCAAAAAAAUAAUUUCAAAAUUUCAACAUUUUGUCCGCAAUGGUUUUCUGUAGGUAGAAGUAAGAAAAACUUGAUUUUCACCAUGUUCCACCGAAGGAAUUUUUUUUUGAUUUUUAAUAUGUUACAGGUAAACUAUGUGAAGCGUUCCUCUUUUGUGUUCCUAACUCAUUUGGAAUUUUCAAAAUUAGAUUUGCAAAUUUGAAAAACUCUUCGCAAAUCCCUUGAGGGAAUUUGCAAUUUUCCUGUCGGCCGUUGCAAUAUUCCAACGCAAAAGAAAGUUCCUUUCAAAUUUUCCUAACUUCCUGUUUUAAUUUCCUAACUUCCUGUUCUGUUCUGAGCGUUAUCAUUGGUGGAUUAUUUUUGUUAGCCAAUUGCAACGCACAGAACAGAACAGGAAGUUAGGAACUUGUAACAGGAAGUUAAGAACUUCUAACAGGAACUGAGGAAAAUUUAUUUUGCUCCUAAGAACAUUGCAAAUUCCCUCCAGGGAUUUGCAAGGGAGUUUUUCAAAUUUGCUAAGGUAAUGAGGAAAAUUGCAAUCAAGUUAGGAACUCAAAAGAGGAACGCUUCACGUAGUUUACCUGUAAGAGGCAAUUUUUUCAAUGUCACGUAUUUGCAAUGAAAAGUGUUCAAAACCUAAAAUCUUUUUGGCGUUCUUCUCAAAAUUACUUUGUUAAAGCUUUAUUCUCUAGUUUAUACAGUUAUCUAACUUUUUAAAUGCAUCUGCCGGUUGAGAAACAUAAAAUAAUAGUUAAAAAUUGUCAAUUAAAAUGCAAUUAUCAAUGAUGCUUUAAAAUUGGCGCCAUAUUUGCAGGCAUAUAAGCAAAACUUACCGAACUUCAGACAUCAUUUUCUCUUUGGCGUGUCAUCUAAAAUCUCUUCGUUUUAGCAUUAUUUUACAGAUAAAGCACUAACCAUACUCUUUAAGUUCGUUUGCCGAUUGAGAAACGUAUCGAAAAAUAAAAAUUUUGAAUUUAGUCAUAACCUCAAGUGUUAUAUUAUACGCAUUAGUUUUGAGCGCGUGUUACGCGUAACAUACAAAAACAUCUCUUAAUCAGAACAACUUUUCACACACUUUACCACUGAAAAGAAAUCUAUUGCGAUAAUUACUUUGAUCAGGACCAUGUACUUAUAGUGAUUUGACUGGACUAUUAUCACUACGCUGGCACAGACCGCUUGAAUUUAAUAUUAAAACCAUUUGCAUGGCGUUUUUUUGGCAUUAGCUAAUCUUUGGCUUUGCAUUGUUUUUGUUUUUUUAAUUUUAGUCCAAGUGCCAGCUCCUGUAAAGAAUCUCAAUGUUUCACCAUCGGAUUACUCUGCGCAUAUGACCUGGGAUAUACCUACAGCACCUGAGGACUCCAGCUAUAUAACAUAUUUUAGAUUUUUUCUCAACGACAGGUUUCGAAAGCAUAUAUCUCGGGCAAUGUAUGGAACUGCUUUCAAUAUUCUUCCACUCAAACCAAACACUGAGUAUACUGUUAAAAUAGAUACUGAAGAUGGUUCUUUACAGAGAGGAACUCCUGUCACUACGUCAUUUACGACCAAACAAGCAGGUAAAGACAGAAGAUAUUAUUAAACGUUUAUUUCGCGCCCCCCCCCCUCUCCUUCUUAAAUAAAUUCACUCCCUAAACUCUCCCCCUCCCCUUUAGAUCGAGCUUCCUUUUGAUUACAUAUGUAAUGACUACUUUCACUAAUAGACCUUUCCGGUAAUUACAUCACAACUACAUUGUUUUCAACUUAGGACCACCUUAAAUGUAAUAGAUUUCAAGUUUGUUUCUCAUGGGCUAUGGUCAGAGAAGCAGAACAUCCUUCAUCAGCAUACGUUAUGCAUCAAAAAUAAUUUUGGAUUUUGACUAUUAAAUGUGGAAAUAAGUUUAAACACGAAAACGGGGCUGAGGGGCCAUGGCCCCCCUUGGCCCCUCAGCUUCGUUUUCGCGUUUAAGCUUUUCAGUUCCACAUUUAAUAGUUAAAAUCCAAAAUUCUUUUUCAUGCAUGUGUUGAAGAAGGAUGUUCUGCUUCUCUGACCAUGGCCCGUGAAAAAAACUUAAAAUCUAUUCCAUUUAAGGUGGUCCUAAUUUGAAAACAGUGUUAGUCGUGACGUAAUUACUGGAAAGGUCUUUUGGACAGUGCAUUUCAUGUUUUCCUCAGUCCUUCAUUUUGGGAGUUUUUCCUGCGUUUCGCUAAAUCAAUAGUUAACUGACGUAAUGCUUAUCUUAGCGCUAACUGGCUUCAUGAAGGAUGCAUAUGUUCGCAUGUAUAAUCAGUAUCUAAAUCUAGAAUAUACUCCGUUCCUUGACAAAUUUUUAAUAUUUUUAGAACCUGUAAAUCUUGUCGCGUUAUCUUAUGCAAGUCUAAAGGUAACCAUAGCCAAACCACCGACGUAUAUCAAGUAAGUUCACCUGAUAAUUAUGAUCAUGUAGUGAUUAAUAACGAAUACAUUGAGUGAGUGGAGCGUGCUUGUCCACUUCGACCGAACAUGAGGCUUACGACGGCCAUCAACACUAACUCAGAUUGCCGAGGUGGCAAUGUAUUAAAAACUGCAUGUGUUUGUAUCAGUUUAUCGUAAUCUUCAACACAUAGCAGUGGCGUAACGUUAUAUCAGGGGGGCCCCGGUUCAAAAUUUUCGAAGGCCCUCCCCCCAUAGUAGAAAUGCCGAAUGCACGAGUUGAGCGCCGUAUAUGCACGAGUUUUCCGGAAAAUAUUUUAAUCUAGACUCUCUGAAAUGCCAUUUCCCGGACUUUGGGGAGAGAUUUUACAGAAUUCUGAUGGUCAGAAAACGACAUUGGAGGCCCUGGCCAAUGUAUUUGCUCUACAGCCUGAGCCUGGGGGCCCCCUUUAAGGUUGGGGGCCCCCGGGUUCUCCCGGUCUGAGCUCAUAGUAGUUACGCCACUGACACAUAGCUACUGUAUGCCAAAACAUAAGAUUUUUUUUGCGUCAUUACAUAAGCGCCAUGAUGCAAAAUGCAGGCAAUGUUAUACCAAUUUUCGAGUGACAUUCGUGUUGACAAAAACGUCAAGCUCACUAUUCUCGAUCACUAAAACCUAGCCUGUAUGCAGCCUCAACACGAAUUUAUUAAAUAUCAAGUUAGGAGGACCUGGAGGAAAAGUAGAUAAUGAACGAAACUGUACUUACAUAAUAAGUUUUUAAGCACAUGGAAGUUACUCGGCAAUCUCAGUAAAUUCUGUAUCAAUUCAACCUGCAAUAGCAUACUUAUUAAUUAGCAUAGCGGUAAGGCGCAGCACAUUAGCCGCAUCUGCAUGUGUUAACCCAUCGUCCCCUCGUGAUAAUUUCCGCGAAUCCAAGCGAACUACUUUAAUUUCUUUGAUCAUGUCAACAUAUAUACGUGUUCGUCAUUAAGAGAAGUGAUGGUCAUCGUACAAAUUGCAUCUGACAAUCCAAAACCAGUCGAAAGCCUCAAAGCAAGCGAUCUUAAACCUUACCAGGCCAACACACAAGAUCCAUACAUCACUGCUUAUUUGAAAACUGAUGCUCUACCUUUGACGUUUGUGAUCGGUGAUGGAAAGGAGUAUAAUUCGGAAAAACAAAAUUACUUCAACCAACCUCUGAAACAGAAUACAAGUUAUAUCGCGUUCCUCAGGUUUUUUGACACUCAGGUAAAUUCUGUAAAUACAGAACGUUUUUGUUAAUAUUUUGGACGAAAUAUUUUUUUUCGUAGAAAACUUGAUUAAUUAGUGUGUUGUUUUCUAAAGAACGAGUACUACUCGACAGAAUGGAGCAACUCUAGUACGACGUUCGUAAAACCUCCAGGUAAUGAUUUCUCUCAGGCCCAGCUUCGAGUCAAUUUAACUGAGAUGAGAAACCCAUUUUUUAUUAAAAAAGUAGUCAACAAGGAACUAUGGUAUCUGAGUGCAUUAUGUUACGGUAUAGUACAGUCUACAAAACAUUAAAGUACUAUACACACAAAACUGUACAAUGUCUGACAAUGCAGGGAAAUACACUACAUGCUGUUUCUAUACCAAACAGUAGCAAAUCUAUAUUUAAAUUGAAUAAUUUUUUUGAAUUUUAUACUAUAUACUAUAUGGGAUAAUAUAUGCCAUGUUUACCUUUUUUGUAGCUCCAAACAUUUUAAAUAUUAUAUCUAUCAGCCUUAAAAUGUACACCAUCUCUUGGUCUAUACCAUCUUUACCUGACCAGCAAACCAUCCACAAGUACUAUGCAAACUACAGUGCAUUAAAUGAGUCCAGCAAAAUGCUGAAUAUAUCAAGGGAAAUGACAUCUGUCACUGUUGCUGUUGAGUUCGAUAAACGGUAUACGUUUGAAAUACAAAUUGAGACAGAGGCUGGAAGAAGUAAUACAACGUCUGAAACUUGGCUAUCUCAUUCAGGUAUUACCUUUGGUAAUUUAUCAAUGCAGGAGGAAAUUAAGCGGAGAGAUGCACAGAAAACUCUCAAAAUCCAGCAUGCAGAGAACCAAAAAAAAAUUCUAGGUAUACAUGCAUGGGUCUUCAAGCGCAAUUCAGUCAUCCAUGCAACCUAAGAAAAUAUUCCAAAGCAUUUUUUAAUGCCAUGGACCGGUGGGGUAUUUGCCGCACUGGGCCCUUUCCUUUGCCCCACCACUGAAGAAAAAAAUGGCCUAUCGCCCCAAAGUCAGGGCCCUUCGACAAAAAAACAAAAUUUGUUUAUGAGCAUACUUAAAAUUAUGUUGCGUUUUAAUGUUUAGCAUGCAAUUUAUUACAAAUUCCACCAUUAAAACUUUGUUUUGAGAAGCUGAGAUUUUUUAAAAAUGUCAGAAUGCAGGAAAUGGCUAUUUCAGAGACCCAAAUUUUUAAAAUUUCCUGGGAGGGCAGUGGUACUCGGCUCACACCUUCGACGAUCGCAUGCUAUUUGGGCAUGGAAAAUGAGCCCUUUGGCAGUUUUGCCCCAAUUGCACCACUGAAGAAUCCUUAAAAAAUGCACUGAAAAAUCACGGAGUUCAAUACUCGAGACUUAACUCCGCAGUACUUGGCAGCGCUCUAACCACACUUGCAUGCCCAUGCACCAUACUUCACUACAAUGCAUGCAUGCAUGCAUAUAUAUAUAUAUAUAUAUAUAUAUAUAUAUAUAUAUAUAUAUAUAUAUAUAUAUAUAUAUAUAUAUAUAUAUAUAUAUAUAUAUAUAUAGUAUAACUAUAUAUAUAUAUCUAGUAUAACUAUAUAUAUAUAUAUAGUUAUAUAUAUAUAUAUAUAUAUAUAUAUAUAUAUAUAUAUAUAUAUAUAUAUAUAUAUAUAUAUAUAUAUAUAUAUAUAUAUAUAUAUAUAUAUAUAUAUAUAUAUAUAUAUAUAUAUAUAUAUAUAUAUAUAUAUGAUAAUGAUACGCCGGUUGUUUUUUCAUUCCUUUAGCGCCCUUGAAAUCCGCGGAAAAAACGGACGACGGUUACACGGUAAUACUGAGAAAGCCAAGAAAAGAGCAAAAAAUAAAGUAUGAAAUGUCUUGCAAUUUAGACGAAUUUACCAUAUCGGUUGUGGGACAGUGUCUGCCUUUACUUUUGGUUUCUUCCUUGAUAGCGAUUUAAUUUGUUCUGUUUAUGGAAAUUUUAAUUACUAUAACUAUAAAUGUGCCUUUCUUCUUAAGGGUCCCUGAAGUUAGAAACAGAAUCCUACUGUUCUAUCAGUUUUAUAAACUGUCCUCCCUAAAGUUAGAACAGGAGUACCUGAAGAACACGUAAUGUGGUAGAGUGUGCAAGUGCGACUCUCUUGCUACAUGCGACGGAGGUGAAAUUAUAACCCGAGACAGCUGCAAAUUCAGAAAUAAAACCAUUGUCGAGGAGGUGAAAAGUACAUGCACUUCCUAUACCCCACACGUAAAAAACUAAAAAUCUCACAGCUUGUCAACAUGAUCAACAUGAUAUGUUCGCAAACCUUGUUCCUAGUUAUUGACAAGUCUGGAACAAGUUGUCCUCAUCUUUUAACAAAGUUAAUGAGCCAACACACUCGCCACAAAUUCUUCAUUGUCUGACAUAUAAUUCUAUCGUCUGCACGUUACAAGUUAUUAAUAAGUUGAUGACAACAAGCUUGUGGGAGCUUGUUACGAACAGCCUGUAUUAGUUUUGUUGGAACAACUCAGUGUAGCACGUCUGUUACCGUCAUCAACAUUAUAACAAGGUGAUAAUUUAAUUCAGCAACAAUUUGUUCCAAACUUGUCACAACAACUAAGGAACAAACAGUGCGAACACAUCCUGAUAUCGGCUUGACAAACACCUUGUUACAAGUUGUUUACAAAUCUGUAACAACUUGCGCAUUCUUUCAUGUGUAUACUAAGCGAUCGAUAUCAAUACCUGCAAGGCCCAGAUACAGUUCAGCUUUUUAGACAAACACUUUCUUUUCUUAGGAAUGUCACUCUUGUGUUACUAAAAUCGGAGUCUAGUGAACCUCCCGCGCCAGAAAUUGUUCAACUAAAAAUGUCAGUUCCCUCUGAGGCAGAAGAUAAUGUAGCCUUUAAAGUUAAAGAGUUUAAUAUCACCGAAUUCAAAAACGAUACCAUAGAAAUAUCGCUUCGAGAGUCCAAAGACAAUAGGCGAAGGAAGAGAGCUAUUGAGGUUUAUGCUUUGGCAUCGGGUACAACAUAUAGAACUGCACAAUUGAACACUGAUGAGUCUGGGGUAAGUUACAAAGCACCUUCGUUAUUUGCCUGUGGCUCAAGAAGAAGAUUCUUACUCGGCCGGAUAAAAUUCAAACAUGAACUGUCUGUGCCAGUGUAGAUAGUGCCAAUAAUAACAAGCUUUCGUUGGGCCCUACCUGAACAAUAUAAGUUUCGACGUUUCGAAACUAGUAACUCCAGACGAAGGUCCUUCGCCCUGUGAAACACCUGCUCAGCGAUAUUGUUUUUAGUUUACAGUUGAAACUGGGAUUUGGUUAAGAUAGUGGUAGCGCUGGGAAAGGGGAUUUAGAAAAUUAGUGGGUGCAGGGAAAUGGGUUAUAGACCUCCCCUUCAGGACUUUCCAUGUAGAACGAAUCGACUAAUUGUGCUUGUUAGGAAGAGACUGAAGAAUAUAACUAAUGUAUAUUCUCUUAUUUAAGAAUCUUAUUUGGUCAUACUGGAGUAAACCAUUCACGGUUCCUAAAGGUAAUAGCAGGUGUGACGUACGGCUACGAUUAUGCACCAAUUUCAACCGGAUUGUAGAAUCUGAAUAAAGUGCAAGUUAGACUGGUGAAAUUCAAAAGAAAGUAAAGAAGGACGACGGGAAUUUAUAGCAAUGACUAAUUAAAGUGGAUGAACGAUGAAAUUGUUCCAAAUUUAAACUUAGACCUCGCGUUGGCCAUGGUAGUUAGGUGUACAGUUAGGGUUUGGGUAACGUUUACACCCAUUUUCAAAAUUACGCGACCUCCCUCAAAAAUACUCUUACUUCAAAUGUCAGUUUUAUGUCACAAAAACUGCUAAAAAUAGCAAACGUAAACAAACUGGCAAAAAACAUUUUAAAUCGUAUUUAAUACCAAAGGCAAAACGGAACAAAAAUGAGCUAGAUAACUUAGAUAUACAAACUAAAGCAUUAUACAAACAAUUACAACAGAAAUAUGUGCCGUGAAUAACUUUUAAAGUUUGAAAAAUAACAAUUUAUCCUGGAAUUUAGCUGUCCGUAUAAAACACGCGCGCUAGACUAUAACGAUAUGUUAUGAUUUUGUUUGUAACCCUUUAGUGCACGACGUCCAGUACACUGGACAUCUCGUUUUGAUGUGUUGCGCAACUUAGAAAUGCGGAAUUUCGCGAUUCGUGUUUUUUAUACACGCGUGGGGAUGUCACGCUUGAGUGGAACCAUAACAUGCUGAGUCAUCUUUUAUUCGGUGGCAUUCAAGAUGGCGUCAAGAGCGACCAUCAGUACGAG